GUUAGGUACGGGCCUGGAGGUACGCAGAGGAACUUUAGUGGAUGUAAAGGAUCUUCCAAAAACAGCAAAGAAGAAAGCUAAUGCUCUAAGCCGAGCAAAGAAAAGUAUGAUGAAACCUUUCAGGUCAGAGCAACAGUCAUGCACCAAUCAUGCAGAGGGCGAGGCGAGAACCUUGCCUUCCAUUGUCUUGCUUUGCCCAACCUUCCAUUGCCUUGUCUUGUCCUGUCCGGUCCCGUCUCGUCGUGUCGUGUCGUGUCCUGUCUUGUCCUGUCCUGUCUCGUCUUGUCUUGUCUUGUUUUGUCUUGUCUCGUUUCGUCUCGUCCUGUCCUGUCCCGUCUUGUCUUGUCUUGUCUUGUCUUGUCUUGUCUUGUCUUGUCUUGUCUUGUCUUGUCUUGUCUUGUCUUGUCUUGUCUUGUCUUGUCUUGUCUUGUCCUCCAGUCCAGUCCAGUCCAGUCCAGUCCAGUCCAGUCCAGUCCAGUCCAGUCCAGUCCAGUCCAGUCCAGUCCUGUCCUGUCCUGUCCUGUCCUGUCCUGUCCUGUCCUGUCUUGUCUUGUCUUGUAUCGUCCCUUCUUUACUUAUAUUUUUCUUAAUUACAUUCCCUCCAGCGGCAACGUGAAACCGAAAGUGAAAGUAAGGAUACAGAAGUCAUUGGACGAACAGCGUGUCGUACGAAAACAUUGGAUUCGAAUUCAGAAUUAUGUUUCAAAUCACAUCUCGGAAAUAUUUAUCACUGUUCUGUACACUUUGGUGCUGUUCGCUAUUUUCGCCGAAAACGCUUAUUGUAUGUAGUCCAUCAUCGUUCUGCCAUUUACUUUAGCUCAGGUGUAGAUAGUUGACAACGCGCUCAAGAGUCGCGGAGGAAAUUGGGACGUAAUUAUCAAAAAUUAAUAAUCUUAUGUUUAUUUCUGUAGACUAUUCAGUAGAACGCGAACACAAUGGAUUACGACGGAUAGCAGGACAUGGUGUAAUGGUAUCACGUUGUGCUGCGAGUGCAAUGAUGUUUACAUUUUCGUCGCUAUUGGUUACCAUGUGUCGUAACUUUAUCACGUUCCUCAGAGAAACAUUUGUUGGUCAUUAUGUUCCAUUUGAUUCCAUCAUCGCGUUUCAUAAAUAUGUUGCAAUAUGGGCGCUUAUUUUCACGGGUAUAAUCGUUUGCCUUUCUUGAAGUUACUUGAAUUUAUCCAAGAGAGAUUUUCCUGGAAGAAGUCGAACUUUCUCCAUUUCAAUAUAAAGCAUGGGGCCGCGGUUGUAUAAAAAAGUGAUUAAAUUUAACUAUAGUUAGUGGAAAUGUCAUCCAAUAAGAAGUGCGUAUUUGAGAGUUAAUUAAUCACUAUUUUGCUACAAAAUAGUAAUUACUGAAAAAGUGAUUAAGAGUUUUAUACAACCGGUCCCUGGCCAAUAACAAAACUCAUGAUGACGCAUCACACCUAGCUUCAAACCCAAGAUCGCGUAUAUAGCUAAAUUUGUUGCUUUUUCAUUUUAGUGUUACGCCUAUUCUGAUCAUUUUUUGUCUUUAGUAAUACAUAGCGUCGGACAUGCACUCAAUUUUUACCACAUCAGUACUCAGCCUGCGAAUGAUUUACUGUGCCUGUUCAGCAACAAUUUUCGAAGGUAUGUAGUACUUUUUCAUAUUUCACUAUAUUAAAGGGAAAUGGCAGUAUAAUAUUAAAGUGGAAGUCAAGUCCGUUCUGGGCAUCGGUUCUGUUCAACUUAAUUUUCAUUGCCAAUUUCACUUUAAAUGCGUUUUAUGUAAUCGAAUGUUGACUUUAAAAAUUCGAUUUUAAAAUUGCGUUCAUUUAUAAUAUAAUUACCGAAAAAAUCUGGGGGUUAACCUAAAAUUCAAAGCAAAGUUCCGAACAGCUUGUUUCAAUAAAUUAAAUUUGGAAAUAUUUCUUUAGAAAUCUUGUCUGGAUCAAUUAGGAGUUUUCUACUCUGAAGUUUUAAGACAAAAAUUAAAAAUGUUAGAAAUACAUGAACUAAAAUCCAGCUAGCUUUGAACAACAAGUUCCAAUUAAAGCCGAAUACAGACGAGCAAGUUUUCUAUGACAAGUUUUUAUACGACAAGUUUAUUUGCUAGCUCGUCUGUACGCGCAACUUUGACAAUUUUUUCUAUGACAAGUGCACUUGUUCAAAAGCUUGCAUGCUAGCUUUUGAACAAGUGCACUUGUCAUAGAAAAAUUGUCAAACUACAAAUUUUGUUCGUCUGUUCAAAGUAAUCCGAGCGUUUGAUGUGAUUGGCCAGUUGGCCACUAAUAAAUUGUCAAAGUAAACUUGUUGACACGUUCACACCAGUAAAUAAAACCUGUCAUAUAAAAUUUGUUGCAUAUACACACGUACACUUGGCAAAUAAAAGUUGUCACAUAAAAACUUGUCAUAGAAAACUUGCUCGUCUGUAACCGGCUUAAUAAACCUUUUGGGUAAAGAAACUUCUGUAAUUUUUAGGUCUCACGAAUUACCAACCUUUCACUAUUGGUGCUGGGAGACUGUAGCUGGUAAUGUAUAUUGUGCGACCAUAUGGCAUACGAAAAUUAGGUUACCAAUUCUUAUUGUAUACGUGUUAAUUUUUAAUGAUAAUGGUAGAAUGAUAAUGAGUUAAUACUAAGAGUGCCACGUUCCAUAAAAUUUAAUGCAAAAUUAUUUUAGAAACUAAGAUUUCAAGCAACAAAAGAUGGUCACAUUUUGUCAAACUAAUAGAGGGCCAGCCCGCCCGCCACAAAUAUAUCUCGUCAACUCUUCUUCAAAUUUGGACAUGCUCAAAGUUGAUGAGAGAGAGCAUAUCCUGAGGGUUGUUGCGGCCAAUCGCGAGCGAGAGUGGCAACCCUCAUGUCUCAUCUUCGUUUGACCGAGGCUUUAAUAACGGUCUGGGUCGUUGAUUCUACUUAAAAAUCUGACAGAUUUAUCUACUUAAAAGUGAGACAAAUGAUGAAAAGAAACGUCGACCCUCAUCCCCCCUCGUAGCAGGAAUUGAGGGGAAUUAAAAUUUUAUGAAGGAAAAUUUUUGUCCCCCUAAUUUUUUUCCUCCCGUACGCCUAUGAUUAGAUAUUAAUACCUAUCAUGCAAUCUUCUAUAUCACUUAAUACUGUAUCAACUUCGGUAUCAUUUCAGGUAUAACUGGCGUAUUCUUAGUCCUUGUCGUUGCAGUCAUGUAUGUCUUUGCAACUCAGUACUCGAGGCGCCAUUGUUUCAAGACAUUCUGGACAACGCAUCAACUAUAUAUUGUAAUGUACAUUCUCAACAUCCUUCACGGCAGUGGUAAUCUCAUACAAAGCCCUUCCUUCCAUUACUUCUUCCUUGGACCAGCUAUAUUAUUCACGUUGGAUAAGCUGGUCAGUAUGUCGAGGAAGAAAUCGGACAUUGCCGUAAUUAAAGCGGAACUCUUGCCCUCCGGUAAGCAAUAUUACCAUUUUCGAGCUUCCGUGAAGCAUGCAUUUAUAACUAGGUUUUAAAGGGUCAUGAUCAACCACAAUGCAAUGCGUGCGUUGUCCACGUUUCUGUUACGUUGUGGGCAGUGGUGCCUAAAUUACUUUGAAUUUGUACUCGAGUUUUAGUAGAAGUAAUUAACAAUAAAACGACUUGAGUAAGAGUAAAAAGUGCCGGAGGCAAAACGUAUUUAAGUAAAAAGUACAAAGUAUCCAUAAAAAAUACUUGAAAUACAGAAUAAAAGUACUAUUGUCUAUAGCGUGUAGGGGGGGGGUAGAUUCUCCAAUGGAUUGACAUACAAAUUUAUUAAAAGACACAAAACAGCACACGCAUUAUAUGCGUGCGCACCAUAAUAUACAAUAUUUCACGGCAUAGUCUACUUUCCACACCCCGUUGAAGUUAAGUAAGCUACAAACGAGAGAUCCCAGACGAAUGUAGAGGUCCUAUUACCUGUCCCCAAAUUAAAAUAAAUCUGGAAUAAAUCACGUAAAAUUAAACAAAUAUGAGAAAGUAAUGAAAUACUUCGCCACAAAAUGAAAAUAACGAAGUAAAACGUUACUUCUUAAAACGACUUCGUUCCAAGUUUACUUUGUUACAUGCUGGCUUCUCAAAAAUAGUAUUAAAGUACAGUAACGAAGUACAUUUACUUUGUUACUUGACACCACUGGUUGUGGGCCAGAGGCAGCCAUUUUUGUGGCCUCGAAAAUGGCUGCAACUAUUGAGGAAAGUAACUAAAAAUGCGCACAUUGCAUUGUGGUUUAUGAUGACCCUUUAAAACGUUACUUCCGGCAGAGUUUGUCAAUCAAAACUAUUUGUUUGGCGGGUAAUAACUUUUGUAGGCGUGGCGUCAAACAAAUUGUUUUGAACACGAAACUUUACUGUUAUGGCUUCAAGAUUAAAAAGAAAUGAUUGCUGUAAAUAAGUUUGGAAGGUGCUACAAUCCUGGAGUUUAUCUUUCUGAUUUACUUUUACCGUCGUUUAUGUUUUUAAUUAUGUCACUUUAGUCAUUACCAUUUUAAAAAUAUAAAGUGUCGUGUGAAAACAGUAAAGUUUAAGUGUUCAAAACAAUUUGUUUGACGCCACGCCUACAAAAGUAUUACCCGCCAAACAAAUAGUUUUGAUUGACAAACUCUGCCGGAAGAAAGUUUUAAAACCUAGUUACAAAUGGCACGCUUCACGGAAGCUCAGUCGAAAAUGGUAGUAAUGAGGUUUAGUUUGACUACGAGUACGACAAUUGUUAAAGGACUUCAAGAGAUUUGUUCAAAAUCCAUACUCAACAGUAGGUCAACCACAACUUGCCAGAUUUCAAGGCGAGAACUCUGAGAAUCUCACUCAUGCUAAAUUUGAGGUCUGGGCACACGGAAUGAACGGGGGGGGGGAGGAUGAAAACGAUCGCACAUGAAUGUAGAAAUGCAGAAAUAUUUCGUCUAUAUUAGGUGGGGUGGCCUAACUUUAAAUACCUUAUUUUUCUUUCUGCAGACAUCACCAAUUUAGAAUUUAAACGACCUUCGAAUUUUGAGUACAAAGCUGGACAAUGGUGCCGUAUCGCCUGCCAGGGUCUGGGGCCUGGGGAGUACCACCCCUUCACCCUCACCUCAGCCCCACACGAGGACAACCUCAGCCUCCAUAUCAGAGCUGUGGGACCCUGGACUAUCAACUUACGCCAGAUAUACGAGAGAGCUAAUUUGGAAAAAUCUGCAUACCCGCAGGUUGGAGAUUCAUUUUAAUUUUUGCCAACCGACUUUAUUCUCUAGUUUUUGUUAGUAAUAUUUGGAUACUAUUCGUUGAGGAAAUCCAAUCCAUCUUUAUUAGUAAACCUCGUAUUUUUGGCCAGCUUGCUGUAUACCGGUUUUCGAAAUAUAUAAACGUAGUCAUAUCCACAUUUAAUUAGAGAUGAACAUUUAGAGAAGGCAUUAUUAAAGAGUGGCAGCUAACUGCCCCAGGAAUGAUGGGUUUCGGUGGCACAAUCGUCAAAGCAAGCACCUUUCACCUCUGAGGUCAUAUUGUUCGAUUUACACUACGGACACAUGACACUUAUGUAAAAUGAGUCAGUCGACGCUCUACCGAAACUCGUCAGUUUUGUCUGGGUACUGAAGCUUCGUUCCACAGGAGGAAAUGUUGACAGGGUGGGUGGGAUAACCCCCUAACUGACCCUUCCACCGUAAGUGUACUCACGGGUCAUAAAGAGGCUGACAGAGGGGCCCUUAGUAAGCCUUUGACUCGAUAAGGUUAAGCUCUCAAAUGCAAGUAAAGGCCCUGUCACACUAUUGCGUAUGAGAGAAAAGGAAUGAGAAGCGUAUGAAUAUUAAUGAAAUAAUUUUCAUACGCACAAAAAUCCUUUGAAAUGCCAGCGUAUGAGUACCGUACAUCUGGCGUACCUCUAGCGUAUUCAGCUUGUGCCUAGAGUAUGCUUAUCGUAUAAAGCAUACGUCCGAUACGCACAAAAUUUUUGAACAUGCUUAAAGAAAAUUUCUGCCUCGCCGUAUGUCAGAGUAUGCCACCGUACGCGACCGUGCUUGAAACGUAUACAACCUACGCCUAACGUACCCCUAGCGUAUGCCAGCGUAUACCGGCAUAUGAGUGAUAUUUUUCAUACGCUGGCAUACGCUAGUACGAACGCAAUAGUGUGACAGGGCCUUAAGGAUGAUUUGCGCACACUUUACUUACACAUAAUUUAGGAAUCACCAGUCACUAAUGUAUUUUUGUCACUAUUGCUGUACAAUUAUAUUAGUUGUACGUGGAUGGACCAUUUGGUGAAGGCCAUCAAGACUGGUGUCGUUAUGAAGUGUCAGUGUUGGUGGGAGGAGGAAUUGGAGUCACUCCUUUUGCUUCAAUUUUGAAAGAUAUCGCCCACAAAGGAACGUUGAAGUCCACAUUCUCUUGUAAAAAGGUAUCCGAAUUCAAAAAUAUGUCUGGAGUGUUUCCAGAAAUUCUGUCUCUGGGUUGAUAGGAAAUGUAUAGGAUAAGACUUUCGACUGGUUCUAAAACAAAGUGUGAUUAUCAAUUUCGCCUGGAAACACGCCAAUUACUUUGAUUUUAAACUUGACGUUUAGGUGUAUUUCUUGUGGGUUACAAGAAGUCAAAAGCACUUUGAAUGGUUGACAGACAUCAUACGGGAGGUGGAAGAAAAAGAUUCAAAUGAUCUUGUCAGUGUUCAUAUUUUUGUCACUCAGUUCUAUCGUGAGUUUGAUUUGAGAACGACAAUGUUGGUAAGCAGGAAUUAUAUAAUAAUUCACAUUAUAAAAAUACACAUGUAAAAUUUUAUACAUUACGAUUCAUUUCUUUAUUUUUUGUUCCAGUAUAUUUGUGAACGCCAUUUUCAAAAGAUGUCCGGCAAGUCAUUGUUAACCGGAUUGCGCUCUACAACUCACUUUGGCCGACCCGAUUUUCUGCCAUUCUUACAGUCUCUCUCGACAACCACCCAUCCGUGGGUAAGCGUAAUAUUAAAUAAAAACAUUAAGCUUAAUAUUUUUAUAAAAAAUGCAUUAUCAUUGCCAAAUAUGCAGCGAAGGCUACACAAACUGAAAAAACUGUAGAAACUUCGUCAAAAUCACAAAAAUCCGUUUGUCUCGAAAUUGUUAUACAGCUGAUUCAAUUGUGGUUGUCCUUCCCAAACCUUAAAUCUUAAACUCUGAGAGCGCAAGGGAUGAUGGAUUUUCACCUAUUAGGCCCUCAAACUCAGAGAAUUGCCUUUGCAGCAAGUAUGUUUGCUGUCGUGAGUCUUCUAUAUGUCUUAGGUAUUCUUGCAAAGCCAAAUUUCAAAGUCUACGAGUCUAAAUAAGCAAUAACCCAUCAUCCUUUGAGGGCUCAGAAUUUAAGGUUUACGAUUUUGGAAGGACAACCUUAAUUGAAUUAGCUGUAUAGUAGCCAAGUAAACUACUAACUUCUAGACGAAAGGCCUUCGCUCGAAAGCUUAACGUUCUCUUUGUAUUAUUGAGGAAGUUACAUCAGGGUUUAUUUUAACGUGCAGUUCUACACAAAAUGUGCAGUUCUAAACCCAUUUGUGCAGUUCUUAAAAUUCAAAUGUGCAGUAACCAAAUUAACGAAAAUCUAACCCCAAAACAGUCUUCUCAUUUACUCGUUUUCCUUGUGGAUGCUGAGAUGCUCCAAUACAAUAUGCCAGUAUUAAAAAAAUAAAUGGGACAAAUUCUGUCAAUUAUAUUUUGUGGGGAAUUGUGUCAAUUUUGUGGUCAAUUUUGUGAUUUGUGGAAACUUUGUUUGAUGUUCCGGAAAAUUUUGGUAUGCACGAAAAAUUUUUGGACCCCUAAAAUAGUACACUGACCGAAAUUUAUUUUUUUUGGGGGGGGGAGGUCGCCAAAAUUAAUUUGUUCCAGAAAAAAAUUUUUCGGCACUUGUAUGUGCAGUUCUAAAUUUUCCAUAGAAUAAACCAUGAGUUGCAUCAACUACAACGUUCUCAGUUAAAUACUUCUCUGCAAAAUUGUAGUGGGAACAAGCUCCUCCAUCAAAAGCUUUAAAGCCGUGUUUGAAAUAAAGUAUACCGACGGUAAUGUUUAUAUACGAUAUAUAUUUCUUGUUCAGGCUUCAAAAAUCGGCGUGUUCAGCUGUGGUCCCCCUUCGAUGACGAAGGGUGUUGAAAGUGCGUGUACAGAGUUAAAUAAAACUGAAGGAGCUGCGUUCAUUCAUCAUUUUGAAAAUUUUUAACCAUCUACCUCCAGUAAUAUCUGAUCUAUAAUAGUUUAUUAUCGAAACAAGUAGACGUGUAUCUAAAUUAUUCUACUUUAUAGAUAAUUAUAAAUUGAUCAAGUUUAACUAUCAAAAUAUACUGUACAUGAUUAAAUCAAUUCAACAUACUGUAAUAUCAUUGUGUAUGUAGUACUGCACAAAAGAUUGUGAUAUUUCAACAUAACAUUAUUGUGUAGUACUGUACAAAAGUAAAUAAAUGAAUAAAACUGAAGUAGUUGUCGUCAUAAAUCACUUUGGAAAUUGUUAAUCAAAAACUUACUCAAAUAUUUAGUCAUAUAUAUUGCUACUUAGAUUUUCUACUGCUAUAUACUGAAUAUCAUAUUGGCUUUUAGUGAGUCAGUCCUUUUACCGUCUUGUACGGCUAGUACAAUCAAUCUUCAUCCAUUCGUUGUUCAUCAAUACCCAACUUGUAGUUUGGAAACAAUUGCUCAACGACGUUAAGUUUUCUCAAGUCUUCGCAUAUUGCACUGAACUGGACACCGAACUCCAUCAAAGAACAACAUCUUCUUCCCUCAACGUCCAGCGUGUAUCCUUGCGUGUGCAUCGCGACGAUGUUUCCAUUCACAUCAAAAACGGGAGAGCCACUAGAACCAUGAAAUAGACUUGUAUCAUAAGGAAGACGGUCAUGAUACCUUCGUAGUAAAUCGUCGUUGGUCAUGUGCAAACUGACAGAAACUCCGUCAUCUCUUUGGCUUGGCUGAAUUUUCUCAUGCCUUUGUGCCAAUUUCUCACGCCAAGAGUGACUGGCUACCACGACACAUGUUUCUUCGUGCAUUUCGUUUCCUUCUGGAUGACCCAAGAUAAUAACCAAACCGUCUUGUAACGGACGACUUCGUACCAUUUCACCAAGUGGAACGCGACCUUUAAGACCUUCAUUUUCUUCUAAACAUAAAAAUUUAUAAUCCAAGUUUGGAUUCCCACAUUGAGGAUCGUGUUCUUCAUCAACUUCUACAGUGACAACAUGUUCUCUUUGUUGAGCAUAAAAAUAAUCAAAUGAAACUAUUAUGGGCAAGCUGUGAUCUCCAACUUCGAUUCGUUCCGCGUUAAUCAUGCUAACAACAUGAUGGUUAGUUAUCACAAACUUGUCAGUCACGAGGAAACACGUUCCUCGAAUUCUUCCACAUGAAAUUUGACCAACAGAUUUCAUGUAAGUACUCAAAGUUUCUAACAAUCUUGCAGGAAUUUUAGUUGCAGCAUUCUUCGAUAAGUCAUCUCUUGCAAUGUCCAAAAUUUGUUGAUCAUCGUCCACAAAUUUCCCAUCAUUUUUACCGAAUUUAUCUCUAUUUCGGCUCAACAGAGUUUUGCAAGCUGACGAUUUAACAUUUGCUGUCAUGGAUUUGCGAACUUUCUCCGUCAAGGGCUCCUCACUUGAUGGCGGAAGAGUAUACACAAUGGAAGCGGAAAAUUCUUCGAUGUGUUUUUCCAAGCUAGCCAAGUCUUCAUUUGGUAACCAUUCUGUAUUGGUUGGGUUGCAGGUUUCCUCAAAUGAUUUCAACCACUCCGCUAAAACAUAUUUUGAAUAACAUUAGUCAUUAAAAAACUCAUAAAUAAUUCAUGAAAAAAAUACAAAAGAAAUGAAUGUUUAAUCAAUGUUUGUAAAUCGGAUAAAGAUUUGUCCUGAUUUACAUCGUUUUUUAAGCACGUUAAAACAUUCUCAUCUGAUC